AUGAAGGAAAACAUUGUGAUCAUUAGUGGAGCCGGAAUUUCCACCAAUGCGGGUGUGGAUAACUUCUGCAGUUUUUCAGGGACUGGGCUGUCAAGCCAAAGCCUAUUCCACUCAUCUGCAUACUGUAUCCUUGAACGAGCUGCCCAGUUGCACAGCCAGCUGUUGACUAUAUUUACCUCCGCUUCGACCUCUGGCCCCACAUCACUCGACAGCCUCAUGGAAGCAUGGGCUCAGCGUGGCCGGAUACGACGGCAUUAUACACAAAACAUCGACUGCCGCAGCGACAGACUUCCUUCGCUAUCUCAGAGGACGAUAAUGCUUCACGGUCGGGUCGAUACACUUAGAUGCAGCAUUCGUCCUCAGCAUACUUUUCGUGUUACUGCAGAAUCAUUCUCUCAUCUAAUAAAUGACCGCUGCCCUCUUUGUGAAGAUGAGCAAAAGCAGCGAGAGCUAGAGGGAAACCGACGACGUUCUACGGGUAGCCUUCGAUCAAACGUACUGCUUUAUGGAGAAUGCAACCCCGAGGAACCAGAGAUAGUAGCGGCUUUUAACGAUGAUCUGCAUCGGCCCGUGGACGCCGUCAUCAUUGCAGGAACAAGGUUAGCGAUCGAUGAUUUGAGAAACUUCGUGGGGAAGCUCUACGAAAAGGCUAAGUCAGACAACAGAAAAUGCCUGAUAGUGUGGGUCAACAGGGAGUCUCCAAAAAUCAAGAAUGACUUCGAGAUCGACCAUGUAUUUCUGGGCGAUUGUGAUGAAUUUACGUUGGCUAUGGCAGCGUAG